AUGCCAUUUCUUCCAACAAGCGCGCCGGGCGUGCGGCUGGUCGGCCGCGAGAGCGACGACCAAGGCUCGCCCGGCUGUACAACGGCCGUCCCUGGACCCAACGGACACGUCCCACCAGACGCCUGCAACUCUUACUACAACUACGACCCUCAGUUUGUACCGGCAGUGGCUGUCGCCGUCAUAUUCGGGCUCCUCACUGUCGUCCACCUCACAGAGGCCUUCAUCUUCCGCAAGGUAAGCUCCAAGUUGGCGAUACCGUACGCGUGGGUGUUGAUCAUGGGCGCAGCGUGGGAGACCAUAGCAUUCAUCCUGCACUCACUGGGCGCCCGAGACCAGCAGCAGGUCGGCUAUGCAACCGGCUGGCAAAUUCUGUUCCUGUUGGCACCGCUGUGGAUCAACGCCUUCGUUUACAUGACAUUUGCACGUCUGGCGUGGAUUACCCUGCCCAACCAGCGACUCGCCGGCGUCAAGCCACCCUCGCUGGCUAAGUACUUCGUUUGGGCCGACAUUGUCACCUUCAUCGUUCAGGCAGUAGGCGUGUAUCAUGGCCUCGCCUGGUGCCGGUGCAGAUGUCAUCCGGAUUGGACUGGAUAUCUUCCUGGAUGGAAUGGGCCUCCAGCAACUCUUCAUCGCCAUGUUCCUAGUUCUGAUGAUAACUUUCCACCGCCGUGCUGUGUCGAAGACUCCGGACAGCGAUUCCCAAGACGAGGCCCCGAGAAGGAGCUGGAAGUCAUUACAGACUGUCCUAUAUGCGGUUCUGGGAUACGAAAUAUCUACCGUAUCGUGGAGUUUGCUGGUGGGAUCACGCCAUCCAACCCCGUCCCAUUCCACGAAGAAUAUUCCUACGCCCUCGACUGUUUUCCUAUGAUGCUCGCCCUCCUUACACUUGCUGUUUGCCACCCUGGGAGGACACUCGUAGGGCCAGAGAGCGAGUUUCAUAAGAGAUCCAGAGCAGAGAAAAAGGCCGAGAAGCAGGAGCUGAAGGCAAGCAAGAAGCAGCGAAAAGAGGAGAAGAAUAUACGAGAGUAA